CUCCCGCGCAGCCCUGCCCCUCCCACCACCCCUCGCGGUCCCUCUUCACCUGUGUGCUAACGAUCUAGCGGGCUGCGUGCCGGUUGGACCUGGGGCCGGAGCAGACCAGUGCAUCGAGAAGGUGUGGAAUCGACAGUGGCUGGGUCUGGGCGCUGCGCCGAGCUCAACAUGCCGGAAAAUCGGAGAUUUGGAGUCCCAAGAGAUGGCCACUGGCUACACUAUGUCGGAGACUGCGGGGCGGCAGCGGGCUUCCUGGAGUCCAGGUCCCCGGCCACGGGUUGGGUCCUCGUCAUGUUCUUGGACGCACUGCUCAGGUCCUUCGGACAGGUAAGACCUUCGGGCUGCCGCGCGGAGCCUGUGGGCGUGGUCACAGCCCCUGUAACACCUUCCCCUGCCCCGCCCUACCAGCUGGUCCUGGCCAACAACCCCCUGAGCGGCGCCGUGGUCCUGACCGCCCUGUGCGCCGUGCAGCCCUGGGCGGGCCUCGCGGCACUCUCUUGUGCGUCCAUCGCCAUCCUGGUGGCCGCGGCCGCGGGGCAGCAGCGCGGCGCGGUGAGUGCGGGGAUGGCGAGCUGCGCGGCGGCCCUCUUGGGGGCGGCGACGGUCUGCCUGCUGCAGCCGGAGGCCCUGGACGGACGCGUGUGGACGCUGCUGUACGCGGCGGCGGUGGUCAGCGUGUACGUCACCUCCUCCCUCAACACGCUCGUGUCCGCCGUGCUGCCUCCAGCCUGGUGGGGCACCGCCCGCCCAAGCGGUGGCUUCAGCCGCCCCCAGUCCGACGACGUGGAGCAGGUGUGGAACCCCCCGCCGGGCAAGGGCCCCUGGCCACCGCUGUUCGCCCUGCCGUACAGCCUGCUGCAGCUCGUGUUCUUCCUGUGCCUGAUGCACUCCGAGGGCGGGCUGCUGCUGCGGCCGUUGGGUCCGACCGGGGCACCGGGUGACGUGCUCAACGUGACGGAGGAGACGACGCUCGCAGCUACGGCCGUGCCCACGGCCAGCGCGGACGUGAACGUGACCAGGGUCCGGGAGUUCUACGACAUCGACCAUCUGGACUGGGGGCAGAUGUUCCAGGGCGUGCUGGUGUCCGCCUCGCAGGUCGUCGCCAUGGAGGACCCCGCCGUGUCCGCGGCCGUGUACAUCGCCCUGCUGCUGUUCUCGCCCGUGGCCGCGUGCGCCGCGCUGGCGGGGGCCUUCCUGGGCAGCCUGGCCGGCGUCGGCCUCCUGGAGCCGCCCUACACCGACGUGUACCGCGGCCUGUGGGGCGUCAACGGGCUGCUCAGCAUGUGGGCCAUCUCGGCGCACUCGUUCGUGCUGUCGUGGCACAGCUUGGCGGCGGGCGCGGCGUGCACGCUGCUGGGCGCGGGGCUGCAGGCCGCGCUGGGCGCCCCGCUGCGCGCCGCCGGCCUGCCCGUGCUGCUGCUGCCCCACAGUCUGUCGGCGCUCGUGUUCCUCCUCGUCGCCUCCUCGGCCAGGACGGCGUUCGUGCGGCCCGCCGUCCUCUCCUUCCCCGAGAAGCACAAGUACGACUUCUGGACCGAGCACGAGGACGAGACCGACGGGGACGACGACGUGACCUCCAAGCGGCCCGCCAGCCCGGCCGACUGAGCUGUCCUGUCGUCUCGUUUAGUUGUCAGCUCAUUACCCAUCGCCCGCACGGCCGCCAUUAGGCGCUCUCAGCAGAAACAACAACUUUUCUCCCGUCAUUGUCAACGGAUUGAGAACGCCGAUGAUGGGGCCCGUAGUUUCCAUACCCGACAGGCCCGAAACCCUCUUGGUACUUAAAACAUUUCAUCUAUUUUCACUGUUUUUUAUACACUGUAUUGUUGAUGGCGGUUUGAGUUUGCAAUUUAAGCGACAUCUCCACCGUCAAUCAAGUAGUAAAGUAAUUUAUUAUUUUUGUCUUAUA